ACCUGUACCUAAGGCACGGGGACUUCUUCCUUACCCAUCUACUUUGGGCAGGUCCUUUCUAGCACCCAGGAAAAGCCAGGGAAAGGAAUUGCUAGCUCAUCUGGAUGAAAGUGGUGAACUGUAUCUGUGAUACCCACAGGAAUUCAAGUUCCAAAGAGUUCCAUGGACUCAUUGAUUAGCAUCCCUGUGCCAGGCUCCCAGGACCUGCAUUAUAAUAGACUCCGUACAGGCAGGGAAUUUGGUGAAUUUGGCCAGGCUUUAGUCUCUCUUCCUUGCAAUCCCUCCAAGCCUUACAGUGUGCUUGGCACAUGAUAAGUGCUCAAUAAACAAACUUUGAAGGAGAGAGAGUUGUAUUGAGUGAAGAGAAGACUGGAAAGGGACUUAAAAUGUGAAGGUUUUCCUACGUGUCCAGAAAAAAGAAAAGGAAAAAAAACUGAGUUCUUGAAUAGCAUCCUUACUAAUUAAUGUUUUAAAUCAAAACCUCUUCCGAUCUCCACUGGCAUCAGCCAGGCAGGCAGCAGGGAACGCAGGCUGGAGGCUGUCCACUGCCCCAAAUCAGGAGGUGCAGGGCCCGUGGUCAUAAUUAGGAACAACCUCUGGGUGCUGGUGGCUUCCGUGGGGCUCUGCGCCCCCGACUCCCCACCGCCCCUGUCCUCUUGGAGCGAUGGAGCAUGCCCAGUGGCCGCGCUGGAGCCAUCGAGGGCUUUGCCCGGGCGCACGCCGCUUCUCCGGGUUUUAGCUGGAGCCUUGGGGAGGCGGGCGGUGAGGGGGCCAGCGGAGCCCCGCAGCCUUGGCCGCGCGCGCCGGUGGGGAGCUCGCGCGCUGCUCCGGGCUCGGUCCCGCCCGGCUGUGGCUCGGCGGAUGCGGGAGCGCGGCGCCCGGCUGCUCCACCUGGCGCCCCGAGCCGCGCGGGAGCCCCGGGGCCGCGAGGGGCGCAGGAGGCAGUAACAUGCCCGCCGGGUGCCUUCGGCGCUGCGGGAGGUGCCGCUCGCCGCGCCACUAACUUGCUACUUGGUGUGGUCGGUCUGGUCGCCGAGGCUCUGGACGCUCUGGGGUGUAGGGGCGGGGGGAGUGGGGAGUUGGAGGGUCUGCGGUAGCCGAAGGAGGGAUCCGGCUAGGGAGAGCCUCCCUGGUGCCGCUCCCCUUCUCCUCCCUGCGCUCCCCUCCCCCCGCCGCGUCUCUGCCUCUUUCCCUUCCGCCCAUUCGGAGAGCGCUGGGCGCCUGGGACUUGCGAUCGCUGCCAAGUGAUGGUCCCCGAGUCUGAAGUGCCCGCGAGGAAGUGAGCGCCAACGCGGCCGCGGGCGAUGACAGCCAUGAAGAAAGAGCAGCAGCCCACCCCGGGGGCCAGGGCGAGCCAGGCGCCGCCGGCGGACCAGGAGCUGGGAAGUAACAGCCCUCCACAGAGAAACUGGAAGGGGAUUGCUAUUGCCCUGCUGGUGAUUUUAGUUGUAUGCUCACUCAUCACUAUGUCAGUCAUCCUCUUAACCCCAGAUGAACUUACAAAUUCAUCAGAAACCAGAUUGUCCUUGGAAGACCUCUUCAGGGAGGACUUUGUGCUGCAUGAUCCUGAAGCCCGAUGGAUCAAUGAUACAGAUGUGGUGUAUAAAAGCGAGAAUGGACAUGUCAUUAAACUGAAUAUAGAAACAAAUGCCACCACAUUAUUAUUGGAAAACACAACUUUUGGAACCUUCAAAGCAUCAAGACAUUCAGUUUCACCAGAUUUGAAAUAUGUUCUUCUGGCAUAUGAUGUCAAACAGAUUUUUCAUUAUUCGUAUACUGCUUCAUAUGUGAUUUACAACAUACACACUAGGGAAGUUUGGGAGUUAAACCCUCCAGAAGUAGCGAACUCCGUGUUGCAGUAUGCGGCCUGGGGUGUCCAAGGGCAGCAGCUGAUUUAUAUCUUUGAGAAUAAUAUCUACUAUCAACCUGAUAUAAAGAGCAGUUCAUUGCGACUGACAUCUUCUGGAAAAGAAGGAAUUAUUUUUAAUGGGAUUGCUGACUGGUUGUAUGAAGAAGAACUUCUGCAUUCGCACAUCGCCCACUGGUGGUCACCAGAUGGAGAAAGGCUUGCCUUCCUGAUGAUAAAUGAUUCGCUGGUGCCUAACAUGGUCAUCCCUCGGUUUACCGGAGCAUUGUAUCCCAAAGGAAGGCAGUAUCCGUAUCCUAAGGCAGGUCAAGUGAACCCAACAAUCAAAUUAUAUGUUGUAAACCUAUAUGGACCAACUCAUACUUUGGAACUCAUGCCACCCGACAUCUUUAAAUCAAGAGAAUAUUAUAUCACAAUGGUUAAAUGGGUAAGCAAUACCAAGACGGUGGUCAGAUGGUUAAACCGACCUCAGAACAUUUCCAUCCUCACGGUCUGUGAGACCACAACUGGUGCUUGUAGUAGAAAAUACGAGAUGACAUCAGAUACGUGGCUCUCCAAGCAGAAUGAGGAGCCCGUGUUUUCUAGAGAUGGCAGCAAAUUCUUUAUGACAGUUCCUGUUAAGCAAGGGGGCCGUGGGGAGUUUCACCACAUAGCCAUGUUCCUCGUCCAGAGUAAAAGUGAGCAAAUAACCAUGCGGCACCUAACAUCGGGAAACUGGGAAGUGAUAAAGAUCUUGGCAUACGAUGAAACUACUCAAAAAAUUUACUUUCUGAGCACGGAGUCUUCCCCCAGAGGGAGGCAGCUGUACAGUGCUUCUACCGAAGGAUUAUUGAAUCGUCAAUGCAUUUCAUGUAAUUUUAUGAAAGAACAAUGUACAUAUUUUGAUGCCAGUUUUAGUCCCAUGAAUCAACAUUUCUUAUUACUCUGUAAAGGUCCAGGGGUCCCAAUGGUCAGCCUACAUAGCACGGACAACCCAGCAAAAUAUUUUAUAUUGGAAAGCAAUUCCAUGCUAAAGGAAGCUAUCCUGAAGAAGAUAGUGAAGUCAGAAGUUAAAACGAUUCAUAUUGAUGACUAUGAACUUCCUUUACAGUUGUCCUUUCCCAAAGACUUUACGGACCGAAACAAGUAUGCUCUUCUGUUAAUAAUGGAUGAAGAACCAGGAAGCCAGCUGGUUACAGAUAAGUUCCAUAUUGACUGGGACUCAGUACUUGUCGACACAGAUAGCAUCAUCAUUGCACGAUUUGAUGGCAGAGGAAGUGGAUUCCAGGGCCUGAAAAUUUUGCAGGAGAUUCAUCGAAGGUUAGGUUCAGUGGAAGUAAAGGACCAAAUAACAGCUGUGAAAUUUUUACUGAAACUACCAUACAUUGACUCCAAUAGAUUAAGCAUUUUUGGAAAGGGGUAUGGUGGCUAUGUUGCAUCAAUGAUCUUAAAAUCAGAUGAAAAGCUUUUUAAAUGUGGAUCAGUAAUUGCACCCAUCACUGACUUGAAGUUGUAUGCUUCAGCUUUCUCCGAAAGAUACCUCGGUAUGCCAUCUAAAGAAGAAAGCACAUACCAGGCAUCAAGUGUGCUACACAAUAUCCAUGGCUUAAAAGAAGAAAAUAUAUUAAUAAUUCAUGGGACUGCUGACACAAAAGUUCAUUUCCAGCACUCAGCAGAAUUAAUAAAACACCUAAUAAAAGCUGAAGUGAAUUAUACUAUGCAGGUCUAUCCAGAUGAAGGUCAUAGCAUAUCUGAAAAGAGCAAGUAUCAUCUCUACAGCACAAUCCUCAGAUUCUUCAGUGAUUGCUUAAAGGAAGAAAUAUCCAUGAUACCACAGGAACCAGAAGAAGAAGAUGAAUAAUGGACUCUAUAUAGAACUAAGGGGAUAUUGAGGUUCAAUGAAAUCUAACCAAGAGACUGUAAUAUUGUAGAUGCUGCAGAAUUCCAAGGGCAGCUUGAGGAGAUGACACUGGAACAGCACACUCAGAGACAAUAAACUAGAAUUUGAAUACAGAUGUCCAAGUCUACUGUUUUGCCAAGGGUGCAGAACCUGUUUCUUUGUGUAAGGAAGGUCAAAUGGUUGGUUUCUUAGGAGAAAUUAGUUUUGCAUUAAAGUAGGAAUAGUGCAUGUUUUUUUCAGUUAUCCCCUCUUUGUUCUGUAACUAGUUGUUCUCAUUUUAAUUUUAAUGGCCACCAUCUUUGAAUACAAUGCACAACAUAUCAGUACUACAGUCCCUGAUCUUUGGUGGCUGAGCAGCAGUCUAACACUCUAGUGUACCUUUACAAUAAGUGCAAUUCCUUCAUUGCCUAUUAUUAUGCAUAAGAAAAUAUUCAGUUAAUAAAAAGAGGCUAUUUUAUGUAAUUUCUGUUUACAAAAAAAAGCAUUGUUAAAUGGGUCAAAGGUCAUGUAGAAAUAUGGAUUUCAGCACCUUCCAAAGUUCAGUUACCAGUAGAUAUGAUAUUGUUAAACCAACACACAAGUGUGUGUUGAACAAUAUAUAUACACACUUGUGCAUAUGCAAUCAAUAAAUUUAUCUUUACAUGUUAUUCAUGCUACAAAGGAUAAACUUUUGAUGAACUAGAAGAAAUGCUCUUUUACAGGCUAUAAUGGAAGCUUUGUUUAAUGAGCCAAAUAUGACGAAUCAUUUUUUUCAAUUCAAAUUCUAGCUAUUGCUUUUCUCUAAAUGUUUGGGUUGUGUUUGGUAUCGUUUUUAGUGGUUAAUAGUUUUCUAGUUGCAAUUUAAUUAUUUGGAUAUGAUACCUUGUCACUUGUAAAUUAGAUACUUAAAUAUUAAAUUAUAGUUUCUGAUAAAGAACUUUUGUUAACAAUGCAAUGCCACUGAGUACUAUUUUGCUCUUUGGGCGGAGAAGGCUUUUUUAAAAACACUUGGUCCUUUUACUUCUCUCCCUCAAUUCAGAAUCAAUUCUCUUUUUCAUUGUAAAAACAAAGAGCUGGAUUAUUUCUUUUGCUAGUUCCUAUUUAGUAUUUGGUGCCUGCCCAGUUCACCUGUUACUGUUUAAUUUAAAUAUUUCUAGAGUUAGAAAUGAAAUAUUUUUUAUUCAUUGAUGAAAAGGUCACAAACAGCAGUGUCUGCUGUUUAACUUGAGAUGAAGGCACAAGACACAUUCAUUCCUGGUCUGUGCUAACUUGCAGUAGUAAGAAACUGAGAAAGUAAAAUAAACUUCACUGUCUGAAGUCAACGUAAGUCAUGAGGGGAUUAAAUUUGGUGACUAAAGUCAGAGUAUCUUCGCACUUUACUUUAAGGAUCGUCCAGAUGAUAUCGAAAAGUCUGGAAAAGUUAAGCUAAAUCUAGGUAAUAUACUAUAUUUUUGUGGUUUUAAAAAUUCCUUAGUACAGGCUGAGUAAACAUGACAUUAGAAGACCAGGAGGCAACUUAAAAAUGUCACAGAAUUGCUCCUAUUCUGUCAACCCCCAAAUCUGGGUAUUUGGAAAUGUGUGAGUCAUUUGGGGAUAUUCCGUUCUUCUUCUGAAUGCAUUGGAAUUGUGUCCUCACUGCUUCAUUGAAUUCAAUUUAAAAUGAGAAAGGCUCUUUUCUGAAAGACUUAUUUCAGGUCUUUCUCAAGAAUAGUAAACACAUUAAAAAAAGGUUGUGAUAUUUCAAAGGAAAGUUUUGCCUAUUUUAUUAAGAUGGAAAUUUCUUUUAAAGCUGAUUUAAAGUCCAACGGAAGGUUUUUAAUCAAUAUUUUAAAUUUCAAUCACUAGAGAUUUUUAUGAUGCAAAUAAUUAUGUUGUCUGAAAGAUGUGGUUUUCUUAAAUGUCUAUUUGAGUAACAUUUAAAACGUAUUUACCUUUUACUGUUCAUCACUUCUCCUGUUUUAUUAUUAUCAAUGUUUAUCUAUUUUUCAAUUAAUUUAAUACAAUUUAUAAUGUGAAAGACAUUUGUCUGGAACCCACUUUCACCUUUAAGGCUAAAUAGAUCUCAAAGGAAGACACACUAUUUCAUAGGAAGCUGGACAUUUUUCAUUUGGGUGAUAUUUUGAGUUCAAAUAAUUAUGCCAUUUUAGGUAAAGGAAUGAUCUCCAACACAUAGACACCAGAUACUAGAGGGAUUGUGCAAGUGGACUUUCCCAGUUAUACAUUUGUCUUUGAUCAUAAUCCCGCUGUUUUGAGUAUACUGAUGCAUUCCAAGAGGUUCCUAGAACUCCAGUAGCAAGUUUUCCAAGUGACAUUUUCCCCUUAAAGUUAAAAAAUGUCAAGUCAAACUGUAAAAUGAAACAGGUAAACGCUAUUAAAUCAUCCACGGAGAUAAACACAUAAUGUUUUGAACCUAUUUUGGAAGGCAAAAGUAUUGUUUCACUAAUUCCCUCCAUGUAGGGCUCUAACUCAACACCUAUAGAUGAAGAAGUGGCUGCUGAUCAGUUUGGAUUUCCUGACAGGAUCUGGGAAAAGAAUGCUCUUCUAAACCUGAAUCUCAGCCCUGCGAUGUGCCUCUCUUGACUGGAUAUUUAGCAUAGACAUCAUUCCCAGCGGGAGUCCUGCAGGGGCCAGUUGUAGAUCUCUUAUAUAACUGCAAUAUUGAUCGUUACUAUAAGGAGAAUUGCCUAAGCCGUUGUCCUCAAAUGGUGGGCUCCUGGGAUGGAUUUGCUCUCAAAUCACAGUAAGAGCACAUGGCUUCUAGAAUCAUGUUUGAAAUACUUGGUUUGUCUCUCCUCCCAUGCCCCCCACCUU